AUGAACCUAAGACACAAAGACUUCAACCAGAUACAACAAAAGGACAAACUGCCGUACAUUCUGGGAGAAACCUCAACAAGCUCUUACCUGGCUGCAAGGCUUUUUGUUGACAUUAUUUACAUGAUUGGAUAUUUCAGCAUGCAAAUGGACCGCCCUGAAUGUUUCCAGAAAGCAGAAGCUGAUAUAGAAUAUGUGGAAAAGCGGCUGAAAUUUGACUUCGUGGCCAAUGCACGAGAAGCGGGCACGGUUGAGGGAAACCCUGUUCAGUUGCUGGAGAACCUGUCGGCGAUCAAAGCACGGCAUGCGGCCCUGUGCGCGCAGGUGGAGGAGAUUGCGGCAGAACAGAAACGAUCGAUGGAUUCAAUACGAGCUCACCUGGACACCACUGUGCAGCUGGUUCAACAGCUGCAGAACACAGCAGAUGUGCAGGUUCCGCCACUGACAAAAGAAGAACAAGAAGCCAGAGAUUUUCUCUGCUCAUCCAUUGCCACAUUAAAUGUAGAGGCCGUGCCUACAGAAGAACCUCUCAUCAGCAUCGGUGUCAGUAUCAAUAAUUAUUGUAAGUUGUUGUUUUUGUUUUUUUUUCACUCUCUUGCAGCACAGUUCGUGUGUGACGAGGUGUCUGAGGGGACAUUUGAGACUGUCCCGCGGAGUGUACGUGGUAAUGUGAAGCUGAAUGACCUCAACACGCUCUAUAAGCAGUUAUCCGAGUACUUCUCAGAUAAGGACAGGGCGCCAAUAAGCACUCAGAGGAUGAAGAAGCUGAACAUGAAAGUCAGUGAUUCUGCAUUGAAGACCUUACAGCAUCUUAAAAUCGUUGAGCUGGAUAAAAAAGGACUUGUGUCAUUGCUGGCAAAAGACAGGGAAAAAACAGGGACAAAAUAGACACCCAAACCUCACCAAAACAUGUAAAUCAUCCAGUUCCUUCCACCUCUGUGCUGAAGUAUAUCCCUUCCUGCACUUUGAUUGGAUCAACAGUUUAGAACAGGAAUAAUGGCGACUUGAAAACACUUCACUAACAUUGCAUCUAUAAAGUUAAAGUAUAUCCAUUAAUCAGAAUUGCAUAUGUUUAAAAGAAAAUAAUUUUAUCAGACUUUUAAGCACUGAACUUAUUUUUGGCUGUUUUUUUUUUUUGUCCUAUUUCCUAUGCAUAAUGUUAUGCAGCCAUUAUUAAAUUAUAUCAUGACCUGUUGUGGCAUCACUAGGUUUUUAUAAGAAAGAUACUGUUCGGCAUAAGAGUUUAUAUUUUUUGUAAAGUGAAACAGGUGUUUGUGAAAUUUCAGAUCUCAGUGAAGCAGGGGAGACUGUAUUUGAAUGGUAAGAUUCAGUGUAUUCACUUUUUUUAGGUUACUGUUAUAAAUAUUUUGAGUAUGCAAUAAAAUGUCUUUUUUUUAUA